GACCGAGCAGCUGCAGAUGCUCCUCUGACAGCGGAGGAAGGAGGAGGUUGUCAGCGCGGGGUACUCUUAAAAAAGCUCUCAUCUGGUGAAUUUGACCUCAUUCGAAAAAACCAAUGGAAAAAUCUUGACGUUACGCGCGGGGUCCGUUGUUAUUUCUCCAUCUGUGUGAUAAGAGGAGCAAACGCGCGCAUAUUUCCAUUUGCAUGUCGCGCGCUCUCCGCUCUCUGGAGCACUGCGCUAUAGAUGAACGGAAUACAUGUCGCGUUACCCAGCGGAAUGACUUAUGUUAAAACGGUUGAAGUGGAUGAGACCAAUGAUGGCAGCACAUGAUGUUCAGAGUGUGCUCAUCUGUUGUAUUACAGGAAAUGAAUAGCCUUGCUUCUGCCUAGACGACCUUCUCACCUUUGUCUGUCUAGCCUGUAGAAUUUCAUACUCCACCUUUAAUCUGAAUAAAGGGAGACUUCGAGAGCACAUCACUCAGGGCCUAGGAAAGAAUCACUGUUGGAUUCAAUAGUGAUCGCUACAGCCACAAAUGGUUGAUUAUUUUUAAAGUGAAGUGCUUUUGCCACACAAUCUUCAAGGACUAACUACUUACUGGUGGGAAUUGUGUCAACAUGAAGGACAUAUCAUUUGUGGAUUAUUUGCUGGUGGGCCUUACAGUAACUACUUUUGUUCUUGCUGCAGAAGAAAGAGUUGACUGUCCUAAGCUUUGUGUAUGUGAGGUUAGACCCUGGUUUUCUCCUAGCUCUGUCUAUAUGGAGGCUCCUACUGUUGACUGUAAUGACCUGGGACUUUUUAACCUACCCAUAAGAUUGCCAGCGGAUACACAAGUCGUUUUACUGCAGACCAACAACAUUGCUAAAAUUGAGAACCCUCUGGAUUACCUGCCCAACAUCACAGAGAUUGAUCUCUCACAAAACAACCUGUCCUCAAUAAGUGACGUCAACUUGGGACACCUCCCUCAACUUUUGUCCCUACACAUGGAGGAAAACUGGAUAUGUGCCCUACCAGACAACAGCCUUUCUCAACUGAUCAACCUUCAGGAGCUCUACCUGAACCACAAUCUUAUCUCCUUCAUUUCUCCAGAGGCUUUCCGUGGACUUCAGAGCUUGCUGAGAUUGCAUCUCAACUCCAAUCGGCUUCAGAGUAUCAGCAGCAAAUGGUUUGAGCCCUUACUGAAUUUGGAGAUCCUAAUGAUUGGGGAAAAUCCUGUCCUUUCUAUUCAGGACAUGAACUUCAAGCCUCUGAGAAACCUGCGGAGUCUGGUCCUUACUAGGAUGAACCUGUCACAGAUACCAGAUGAUGCACUUCUAGGCCUUGAUAAUCUGGAGAGUAUCUCAUUCUAUGACAAUGCAUUCCCAAAGGUACCCCAUGGUGCUCUCAGGCAUCUUAAGAGCCUAAAGUUUUUAGACCUUAACAAGAAUCCCAUCGGGCGAAUUCAGAGGGGCGACUUUGUGGACAUGCUCCAUCUUAAAGAGCUGGGCAUUAAUAGCAUGCCUGAGUUGGUGUCCAUUGAUAGUUUUGCCCUCAACAACCUCCCAGAGUUGACUAAAAUCGAAGCCACCAACAAUCCUAAACUUUCUUACAUCCAUCCAAAUGCAUUUUAUAGGUUGCCAAGGAUGGAAACUCUAAUGUUGAAUGGUAAUGCUUUAAGUGCCCUGCACAGGAUCACGGUGGAGUCCCUUCCAAACCUCCGGGAGGUUAGCAUGCACUCUAACCCUAUCCGCUGUGACUGCGUCGUGCGAUGGAUGAACAUGAACAAAACCAACAUCCGUUUCAUGGAGCCCGACUCCCUGUUCUGCGUGGAACCCCCGGAGUAUGAAGGUCAGCAUGUGCGACAGGUUCACUUCAGAGAGAUGAUGGAGAUUUGUCUCCCUCUCAUCUCUUCAGAGAGCUUUCCCACACAAAUCAGCGUAGACAGUGGCAGAUCUGUGUCUCUGCACUGCCGUGCCUUCGCUGAACCCGAGCCAGACAUAUACUGGGUGACUCCAACUGGGAGAAGGAUCCUUCCAAAUGCUGUGUCUGAUAAAUUCUACAUGCACCCCGAAGGCACGCUUGAUAUUUAUGACAUCACUGAGAAUGAGGCUGGAUUAUACACCUGUGUAGCACACAAUCUUGUGGGGGCAGACCUUAAAUCUGUCUCGGUGGAGGUGAAUGGCUACUUCCCACUGCCUGUCAAUGAUUCACUCAAUGUCAAUAUCCAAUCUGUGCAGACCAAAUCUGUAUUGAUAUCCUGGAAAGCCACUCAUGGUAGCUUAUCACCAAACAUUAGAUGGAAUACGAUGCCCAGUGCAAAUCAUCCAACUGUGGCAUUCACAGCUAGGGUACCAUCUGACGUGACAGUGUACAAUCUCACACAUCUCAGCCCUGCUACACAGUACAGAGUGUGCGUGGACAUUCAUAGCAUCCACCAUAAACAUGACACAAAGUGUGUCAAUGUUAUAACUAAAGGAUUAGAGCAAGCUGUAAAGGACUCGGAAAGGUGGGAUGUGGCAUUGAUUGCUGCUUUUGGAGUGCUUUUCUUUGUGAUGUCAGUGGCUGGCUUUCUGAUUUAUGUCUUCAUGAGAAACCACUGCUUUUAUGAAGAUUUGAGGCAAUACCCAUCCAAAAUGGCUCUGAUGCCUGAGACCAGGCAGCGGUCUCCCUUUACAAGGCUCUGGAUUUCUGGGAAAGGGAUGCCAGAUGCUGUUGAGGUGAAAGCCACGUUCAUAAAUGUGUUGGACAACGACUUUUAAACUAGCUAUGCGGAGGACCGCAAAUAUGAUGAGCAAACUGACAAGACGAGAGUGGAGAACUUACUGUUCCAACAUGCUGUUUAUCUUUUUGCCUGGACACAGACAUCACAUACAAAUAGAAGGCAUGUCUGCACAUUUAACUAGCUCUAUAGCCCCUCAUCAUGAGCUGUCAGACAUGGCAACUGGCAAUGAAACGGUGGCAACUACCCAGAGAUAGCGGGAGAGACUUGCUGCUAAAAUAUGCAGUGUGAUAUUUCUAGGUCAUUAACUGAGAACAGAUGCUAUUAAGACAUUGGUAAGGUGUUGUUUCUCAUACCUGACUGUUAAAUGUGUAAAGAGUAGUGGAACAGUCCUUGUGGUCCCAAGCAAUACAGUCUGUGCUGUACGACAACCAUAGGCGAGUUAGAGAGACCGACUGUUUGUUAAGAAGGAAAUCUCAUAGAAUAGAAGGUUGCUGUGAUUAUGAUGUGAACUUCUGAUGAAAUAUGUUGUUUUUAUAUUUAAGAGCAGAUCUGUCUUUUCAUGGCUAAAAUUGUUAUAUAUUCUAUCCAGAAAUGUAACUGGUAUCUUCUGUGCAGUAGCCAGGCAGUAAACAAGUGUGAAUAACGUAAAGUAUGAAAGAUUCAACUUCAGUAACAAGACCACACAUUUGCUGAAUAAAACAAAAAAUGUACAUCUUAAGGAAUCUAUAUAUAUAUAUAUAUAUAUAUAUAUAUAUAUAUAUAUAUAUAUAUAUAUAUAUAUAUUAUAUUUGAUUAUAUUACUAUUAGGACUGGAUAUUGUUAAAUGCAGACACCUUAAAAUCAUUUCUCAGACAUAAACUGCGCAAGAUUGACCGUGACAGGGUAAGUGCCUACUCCUGAAUUUUACACCAGAAAACUUUUGGAUGUUACUUUUAAUGUUUUUUUCAGAGAUACCUGAAGAAUAGAGCCAUGAUUCCAGCCUCACAUGCAAAUUUGUGGAAAUACUAUCUCAGUAUUUUAAGCAUUAACAUGAUUUAAAAACAUUGCGUCCAUGCUUUGGGUGUGAAAAGUUAAAAGCCAUUUUUAUAUUGAUUGUGCUGAUCUACCCUAAUCGCAUUUUUCAAUGAGACCGAUGUGCUUAGGGUAAUGUAAAAAAUAAAUAAAUGUCAGCGUCCUUUUGAAAUCAGGAUGCUUACUGCUCCAAUUUGUUUCUAGUGAAUUAAAAAAAAAAACUUGAUAUGAUUUUUGGAGAAACUUACAUCGAAGAAGAUUGACUAUCAUCAACAGAAGCUACAUACAAUAGUGUCUUAAAGACAACAUGAAUUCAAUAUUGACCCUAUUUACAUUUUUAAUACACAUUCCUGGUCUAAUUGUGCAACAGUUCAUCACAAUUCAUAUUUAUCGUCUAACAUCCCUCUUUUUUUUAGCACCUCCCCUCCAACCACCGGUCUCCAUUCUGGUAUGGAAAGCCCCCUCUUCACGAUACACUCAAUUGGAGCUUGAUAAAAAUAAAUAUGUCACAUUAAGGAAGUAAAAUGGGUUGCAAAUACCAUUUCAUGUUGUCUUUAAAUGUAUCAGGAGGGAAUUGUGUGGUUCCAGUCUAAGAUAACCAAAGCAGCUGCACAGAAUCACAUUGUAUUUGCUCCAUUUAAGAUCCAGCACAGACAACUGAAAAAAUUACAAACAUGAUGAAUGCUUGUCAGCCAUUGAGUGACAUGGAAGAUUUGUCAGACGGACACACUCGUACAUCAGUGAGGCUUUCAGCAGUUCAGACAGGCCUUUUAGAGGACGGCUAUCAGUCAAACACAAGGAGAGCUAAAUUAUAACUCAAACUCUAAGCCAGCACUGUUCAGGCAGGCAGGAAUCCACUUGCUUUUACCCUCACUUUUCAGUCACAUAUCAGGUUGAGGUUCUUCUAAAGCUCACUGACAAGGUCACUGUGUAUCUGCACUGCAUCAAAAGAAACAGCAUACUAGCAAGAGUGCUAUUCAACCACAAUAGAUUUUGGACACCAGAUAAUAUCAAGAUUGCAAUGAAUAGUAAGAGCUGAAAAAUACAAGUUGGUGUUUAGAUUGUAGUCAGAUGAAAUUGUUGCUAUGUGCUUCUGUGUUCUGUGGCGACCAUAUUAGGCCUAAUACAUCUUGCAUGAAAGGAGUCAGCAAAAUGUCAGUUUAAUGCCUAAAGAGGACAGAAAGUAAUGACAAGAUCUGUGAUCAAUCUUCAAACAUAUUUUAGAGCACCUCUCAGAGUUGAAAGAACUCCAAGGCCGUCUACUAUGAUCUUACACCUCUUCUCUAGGCCGAUUUAGACUUCUGUGUUGAACCUUUGCUGUAGGCUAUGCGUAGCCUACGCUGUAGACUGAUGUGCACCUCUUCAAAAACGUAACUGCGUGUCACGUCGAUGCAGACCACAGCAGCUGCGAUUGGUGCAGCUUUGUAACCAGAGACCGCCCCCCAGGAUGAUAACAACGAUAUCUGAGGUAGCGUCGCAUUUUACCUAGAUUAUUUUAACAUCUAUGUUAUAUCACAUUGCAUUUGUACUUGGGACCAUGAAAGCAAUUGUCUCAAUCGGGAGCAUCUUCCGUUUUUAUGUUCUGUUUGUGUUUCAUGAAGUUACAAGUGAAACGCAACAAAAGAUAUCCGUUUACAGCUUAGAAACACUAAAAGCUUUUUUUCUCAGGGUUUUUACUUGAUAUUAGUUUGAUAUGUGAGUGAAACAAUAUGUGUUGCAUUCUACUCGCAAACAUUCCGAUCUGCAUGAUGAUUUGACCGUAUGUUUGACAGUAUUGUGUACAGUAAAUAAUAAUCAGUUAUGGAAAUGGAACACUUCUAAUGUGUCAGCAAAUUAAAAAGCAGCUGAUAAGAGUUGGUAAUAUUGCCUAUAUGCAUUGUAAAGUCUUAAAAAAGACUUUGUGUGUUCGCCAAGCGAGAAAAAAGUGUUCGCCAAGCGAGGUACGGUAUAGUUAUUAAUUUGAUGAUUUCUUUUUCAAUAUAGAACGUCAAAAGUAUGCCAAAAUAUUUAUGUAUUAUUAUUUAAGCAACUCGAGAACAAGCAUACAGUUUUUUAUUUUUAUUUUAUUUUUUCUUCAUUUUAUUUGCUCCCUGUACCUACCCAAAUUUCAACAUGUUCACUUUCUUUGAACUCAUUUUUAAUGCUAUAAUAAUUUAAUAAAUACUUUUGAAUCCACAAA